AGGAGGAGGAGUAUCAAGGGGAGGGAGGGGAGUAUCAAGAGGUCGAUAUCAACCAUUGCUGCCAUCACCUACCAAGUUGUCACAGGUGAGGAAUGUGUGGGAACGUGAUUAUGAUCUUUCUGAGCCAAUAUUACAAAGAUAUUCCCCAGGCGGUCGACAAACAGCGAUUCCAGAUACUUCUGAAAGACGAUAUAGAUUUGUUCAAGAAAUUAAUAAAAGGAUGGAUAGUUCAGAAAUGUUUUAUAGGCGAAACAACUGUAAUCUUAAACGGAACAUAAGACCAUUACUUGUAUGUGGGGAUCAAGGGUAUUUAAUAAAAGAUAAGACAUUAUAUGAAAGUGACAGCAGCAGCAUUUUUACAAUGUCUAAUUCUGGAAAGGAAACAGUUUUUGCUAAGAAGCAACACAGAAAAAGUAAUACCAGUGUUACUCUAAAACAGAACCAAAAAUAUCCUGUUAGUAGUCACAAAAAAUACUCAAGAAACCCUGCCAGUAUUUUUAUACAAAAGGACAAUGCAAGUUUUGCCAAUAUUACUCUGAAAAAAGUCACAGCUGUUACUAGAUUUCCUCUGAAAAGAGAUGCAUAUAAUGUCAGUAUUAUUCAGAAAAAAACCCCAGAGUACUAUCAGUAUGACUCAGAAAAAGGAAACAAAUGCUCUUAGUACUGCUAAGAAAAACAACACCAAUGCUGUCAGUAAUUCUGACAAAAACAAUACAAAUGCUGUAAGAAUGACUCCGAAAAAUGACACAAGUGCUGUCAGUAUUUCUCAGAAAAAUAACACAAGUGAUGUCAGUAUUUCUCAGAAAAAUGACACAAGUGCUGUCAGUAUUUCUCAGAAAAAUAACAUGAGUGAUGUCAGUAUAACCCACAAAGAAGAUCUCAAAAGUCCAGCCAGUAUUACUUUGAAAAAAGACACCACAUGUGCUGUUGGUAUUGUUCCAAAAACAGACACAAAUAGUGAUGCCAGGAUUACUCCGAAGCAGGAGAUGGAAAACACUGGUAGUGUUACUCGGAGGCAGGUUACAAAAAGUGAUCUUUGCAGUACACAGAAACAAGACAGAAACUCUAAUGCUAGUGUAAGACGGAACGAAAUCAGAAGUACAGUUUCGACACAAGUGCAUAUAACUAAUAAAACAUUUGAUUCCAAAGUUGAUAGGAGAGCGGAUAGUGGAAGAAAAAAGGGUUUACUUUCUAAAAUACUUCUAGCAAACCAAAAAGCAAACAAACAAAGGCUUGAUGGGGAGAAUCAACCUAUUCCAUUAGAUUCAAUACAUUUCAAAGAAAAUUACAGCCUUAAUGGCAAUCGGUCUAAAAUGGGAUUUGAGGAAUUUCAUCGUUCUCAUUACCAAACUUCAGGUUGUGGGCCUCCUAACUUUCCAAGCAGGAGAGGAAAUGUUUACGAUCAUCGUGUCCCAGUUUGUGAGAGAUGGAAGUCUGAGGAAGAAGCAUCUCAUUCAUCGAGUCGUUAUUUUGAUCAUUCCUCUACCAGGACCUUCAGCAGAUGGAGGAGUGAAGAUGAUGUGUCAUAUCCAUCACAACUUGAAGAAGAUGUGUCAUAUCCAUCACAAUGUGAAGACCAUAUUUCAUAUCCAUCACACUGUGAAGACGAUGUGUCAUAUCCAUCACAACAUGAAGACGAUGUGUCAUAUCCAUCACAACGUGAAGACGAUGUGUCAUAUCCAUCACAACGUGAAGACGAUGUGUCAUAUCCAUCACAACGUGAAGACGAUGUGUCAUAUCAGCAAUGUAAAGACGAUGUGUCAUAUUCAUCACAACAUGAAGACGAUGUGUCAUAUCCAUCACAACGUAAAGACAACGUGUCAUAUCCAUCACAACAUGAAGAUGAUGUGUCAUAUCCAUCACAACGUGAAGACGAUGUGUCAUAUCCAUCACAGUGUGAAGACACCAGGAACCAUCCUUGGACAUAUUCACAAAGUCAAAGGAGAGAAAUCUUCACUUUCAGUGCAAGGGGACAUUAUCGCUCUUACAAGUCAUAUGACGAUAAAAAUUAUUUGUAUCGUGAUUAUUAUCAAGAUAAGGAGUAUGAUCCAGAGUAUGCACAUGGCCGUGAAUAUGAUCCUAAAUAUUAUCGGGAAUAUGAUCGUGGACGUUAUCCUGAUUAUGAGUAUGAUCCUGAUUAUGAUCCUUCUAGACGAGAAUACAGUAGAUGGGAAGAUAAUCGGACCCAUGUUCAUCCAGUGACUAAGGGAACGAGGUAUAGAAGACAGCAAAACAUAGAAACAACUCCAAGGACUGUUUUUUACAGGCAUUUGGCAAGAGUUACACAACGAAAGAGAUUUUCUGCAUUUCGUUGUCAUUCCAGACUUGUUUCUAGAAUGUCAGAUACCAGAAAGACAGACAUCUCUGAUAAACAAGCUUCACCAUGUGAUAUGUCAGAACAUCUGAAAGUAAAGCUUACUAACCCAUCAGAACUGACUACAAUUGAGAGCGAGUUAGAAAUGGCAGGAAAACGGGAUGACAAAGAUUCCACCAAGACUAAGUCCGACCAGAAGGCCAAGCGACAUGUUACUGUACCAGGUGAUCAGAUGGGUGAUGGUGAUGAGUCACAGACUGGAGAGUCCAUUGCUUUGGUGCUUACAGAAAUGGAUCCUUUAGUGGAUGAAGAAACAUCCACAAAGCCUGAGCACAUUGCUGACUUGCAUCCAUCAACCUGUUCCAAAUCACAAGUCAGCACAACUGAACAGAUGUUGGAACACAAAGUACCGGAGAAACUUGAGAAGUCUGUUGGUCUUGUUACUGCAAUGCAAUGUUUGCAAGUGGAUGAAACUAAUAAAAUGGACACAAGUUCUUUCCAAUCUGUUCGAUCAGCACUGCCAGAAUGUGAAAAAAGUCUAGAUGAACAUGAAUCAUUGGAUAAUGAUCAUCUUAAAGGUUUCAUAAUCCCUGUUCAUGUUGGUAAGUGCCCGGCCAGAACCUCUGAAAAGACAUAUUCAUGUACGAAAAACAUCAGCAAAAAUGUGCCAUUGAAUAGUAGAAACAUAAUUAAACUGACAACAGACUCUGACAAAAAAAUGACCUUAUCUGUUGAAAGAACAGUCUCUGAUUGUGACAUACAGUCCCAUCUUCAAAGUGUCUCUGAACAUGACAUACAGUUCCAUCUUCAAAGCGUGUCUGAUCAUGACAUACCGUCCCAUCUUCAAAGCAUCUCUGAUCAUGACAUACAGUCCCAUCUUCAAAGCGUCUCUGAUCAUGACAUACAGUCCCACCUUCAAAGCGACUCUGAUCAUGACAUACAGUCCCAUCUUCAAAGCGACUCUGAUCAUGACAUACAGUCCCAUCUUCAAAGCGUCUCUGAUCAUGACAUACAGUCCCACCUUCAAAGCGUCUCUGAUCAUGACAUACAGUCCCAUUUUCAAAGCGACUCUGAUCAUGACAUACAGUCCCAUCAUCAAAGUGUGUCUGAUCAUGACAUACAGUCCCAUCUUCAAAGCGUCUCUGAUCAUGACAUACAGUCCCAUCUUCAAAGCGACUCUGAUCAUGACAUACAGUUCCACCUUCAAACAGAAAAUACUAAUAAUAGUGCUCUGGAGGACUUGGAGAUCACUAUGUGCAGCAAGACUAAAAAUACUGAAAGUAUUCCAAGUGGCAAUCUUACUAGUUUUAAUGUCUUUGAUGGCAGUGAAGAUUUUAUUCCAGAAGGCAAUACUACUCAGAAAUCAGAUGCUCACAAGUCAAGUUCUGAAGAUACUUCGAUUAGAAAAGGACCUGAAAGUGUAAGCAAGACGACAAUCCCACCAUCAGCAUCAGUUAAAAGCGAAAGAUCAGUAUCUGAUGCUGUUAAUCGGUAUGUUGAUAGUGUACCAAAGAAUUCCAGACCUUGUGAAUCCCAUCAAGUACAAAACAUUCCUCUACCGCAUGAAUUCCAUGACGUAACAGAUCACCAUGAAAGAGAAGGCUCUACAGAUGCCACAAUCAAAUCGGACGUGAAAGAAAGCCAAGACAUGGUUUCUAAGACGAUAGAAUCUGAUUCACCACAAUCUCCUGCUGCUGACAUUGAGAUGGAUACCCAGAAAAACGAUGAUGCUUUAAAUGUAGACUUGCAUGCAGAUGGUCAGUUAUUGCUUGGUACAGAAAAAAUGUCAUCAGUGGGAGAAAUUCCUUUACUACACACUCAGUGUUCAGAUGCCCAGCCUUCUGGAGUAGCCUUUAGAAAGGGCAAGAACGAUUUGCAGGUGACCUUCAAAUCAAGGCAAGAUAAUAUAGACUUUUCAGAAAUCAGUUUGCCACAAAGAUUCAAAGAGUUAGAUAUCAAAAAACAACAUAAAGAGCAUGUUCCUAAAAUACACACUGUUUUUAAAUCAAAUGAUGUCAGGUCGUCAAGGACCAUCAUACCAGCUGCCAGUCAAGUGUUGACAAAACAAGCUGGUCCGUUAGCUUUAAGUGUUUCUCAAGACACUGAGAUAAAAACUGAGGGCUCUUCAACCACAGAAACUGGUGAUCAAAAUGGUAAAGUUGACUUAGUCUUCAGUCCAAUCAGACCAGUUGUUACUUCACCUCAAACAGGCCAGGUUCCAGGAUCAAAAUGUAGAAAUGAAAGUCAGCAAAAAGUGGCUGUUAGCCCAGAUGUGCCAAGUAUACCUACAUUUGCUGUAUCUGUUGAAUUAGUUCAUACCAAUUCAGUUGGAAAAACUCCUUCCCCAGACAAAAAGUCAGACAAAAAUGUGACCAAAGAUGAUAAGUCUGCUGAUGAUGUAUGUCCUGUGAAGUUGGCAGAUGGACCAGCAAAGGACACAAAAGGUUCAGGAAAUAAGACAGUUCUCUUGGCUUCUGUUUUAUCUGUUGCCAGAGACAUAGAUAUUCUUAUAUCAAAAUACAGUAAGCAGAUCAAAGCUAAAGAAAACGAAGUGCAUAAUUCAGAGACAUUACCUGAAAGUAAUACAUCUUCAGAUGAAACACAUUUAUGUUCAGAUGAUAAGCAGAUGAAAGAACCUAAGCAAAAUGAUUCACAUUCUCAUGAGGGUGCAUUGUUCAGUCCAUUGGUGCAGAACUCUCCUUGUCUUGGUUCCAAGAAUACAGAUCCUUGGUUACCUAAAAGCUAUAUGGAGCACAACAUUCCCAAUACUACUUUCAAAUCUGCUCCAGUCCCUCAGUUAUCUGUAACCUCAGAACAAAACAUUCCCAAACCUGUGCAAAGUUUGUCUACUCAGUUAUCCACUCCAAAAAUACCAUGUGUUUCUCAGUCUGCACAAAGUUUUCCUUCACAAUCAUCUGUGCAAAAAAUACCAUGUAUUGUUUCCAAUACUGUGGAACCUGUAGCUCCUUACUUACAGGUGUCUAAGAGCUCAUCAGGUCAAAACAUUCCUAGUGUCUCUCCCACGUCAACUGAGGUAUUAACCUCUAGUCCUAAGAGAGCUAGACAUUCAUCUGGUAAAGCCAGUGUGCCCACCUCAGGUAUCUGUACAUCCAACUUGAAGGAAGUGCCAUUGGUUCAGCUGAGCACAUUGUCUGGUUCUUUAUGUAGAAGUCCCAGUAUUUCAAGUCAAAGCUAUAACCCACCCAUUCAUAUGACCGGCAUCAUUCCAGAAGAUCUUCCCAAAUGUGCUACAGCCAAAAGUGUUGGUUUAUUGACAAAUCAAAGCCCAGUUUCCGUCCAAGACAUAAACGAUGAUGGUGAAUGUGCAAGAAUUGAUGAGACUUCGUCCAUAAGCAGUAAAGAAAAAACACCUACCAAGAAUGUUGUUUUCCUACAGAAUGAUUCAGAAAAUGUUCUGAAAAAACAUAUUGCACCAGAUUUUUCACUACAAGCUUCUACAAAAUAUGUGUCGCUAGUAGGUGAUAAUGUCAAAGGCAUAGAUAAGCAGAAAAAUGAUUUAAAUUUGGAAAGGAUACAAGAACACAAAGCAGAAACUUGGACUUCAGAUGGUCAUUCCCGUAAAAGGCGAUUUUGUUCUGAUGAUAACGUAGUGCCAGUUAUCCAGCAUUCUGCAGCAGUAACAGCUGCUAGAAGGAUCAUGACUCAUGGUCGUUCGACUUCAUCAAAGGAAGGACUUUCAUCUACAAGAUACUCUUUAGAUACUGACAGUACAAAACAGAGACAAUCAUCCUCACACCACAGUAAUACAUCCCAUCUCACAUGGUCAGAAAUGGACAAGAAUGGUACAUGUAGUUCAUUUAAUAAGUCGCAGAUGUCUUCUUUCAAAAAGAUUUUCCAGGAAUCUACUAGAAAUAAGCCUGUAAGAACUACAUAUGCCUCUAUUGCUUGUCCACAGUCUGAUUUACAUGUACCCAUACAAACUUCUGCAAGCAUGGCAAAGCAUUCCUCUGAGAAUAAAAAGAGUCAUCCUGCUGCACCAUCUGUGUUUUUGGGCAUCACAUCUUAUUCUGUUAAGCCCCAUAAAGUUAAACCCUAUAAAUCAGUCCACAGCUGGUCCGAUGAAAAGAGCCAUUCAUCAAAGUCUUUUGUUCUGCCAAAACGAUAUUCUCUGGAUAGUGCAUGGGAUCCUGAUGCUCCAGAGCCUUUGACAGAUGUUGCUGGAAAGGUCCAUAAAGUAGAAAAGAGGCAAAAUCCAUCGGUGGUGCAGAAACGUAAAGUAAUUAUUCCUAAGACUUUAACCCAUAGUGAAUGCAUAGCUGUUGAAUCUUCAGCAGAAUCUAAGAGGGUUUCAAGUCAGUAUGAGGUUAAACAUUCAGCAUCAUCAUCACAGGUGAAAGAUUCUUCAGAGCAGUCUUCUGAAUUGAGGUUUAAGUCAAAGCAUUCUGCAGUACUUGUAGGAUCAAAAGGCUCUGAAGGAGGGUUAGAAUCAAAACAUUCCACAGUGCAUUCCAGGUCAUCUGUAGUACCACCCAGUGUGUCAUCUACAGAGACUCUAGCAGUACACUCAGGAUCAAAGAUGUCUGACUUGGAGUUAGAAUUGAAACAUUCCACAGUGCAUUCCAGGUCAUCUGUAGUACCACCCAGUGUGUCAUCUACAGAGACUCUAGCAGUACACUCAGGAUCAAAGAUGUCUGACUUGGAGUUAGAACUGAAACAUUCCACAGUGCAUUCCAGGUCAUCUGUAGUACCACCCAGUGUGUCAUCUACAGAGACUCUAGCAGUACACUCAGGAUCAAAGAUGUCUGACUUGGAGUUAGAACCGAAACAUUCCAUAGUAUACUCAGGAUCAAAAAGCUUGGAUUUUGAGCUAGAAUCAAAACAUUUUGGAGUUCAUUCAGGGUCAGGGAGCUCUGCCUUAAAAUUAGAAUUAAAACAUUGCGUGGUACAAUUAGGGCCCAAAACAUUAGACCCCCUGUUGGAAGCCAAAUAUUCUGGAAUACUUUCUGGUGCAAAGAGUAGUGAGGUGAAGUUGAAACCAGCAGAAUCUACUAAAAAGAGUUCGGAAACUGAGACAGUAUUAAAAUCUUCCGAAACUCAAACAAAAUUAAAACAUUCCCCAGUGCCCUCUAGUUCAAAAAGUGGUGAUGUAGAGUUGAAACCAAACUGUUCUGAAGAUUUUACAACUUCUGAAACUGCAGCUGUAAUAGGUUCAGAAGAUGAGAAAUCAGCUGCAUUGGUCUUCUCUGGUAAUGAUACAAGCGUUACAGCAACUACAACAAUAAGCAGGACAAACAAGACCGUAUCGAGCAAAUAUGUAACUCAUUUUCAUGGUGAAGUUUCAGAUGGUGAUUUAUCAAGCAUAGAUGUGGAAUCAGAUGAUGACUCUGUUGAUGAACUGCUCAAUGAAACACCCGCAAUUCUCCAGUCUCUGGAACAAAGAUGCAAUCGAGCAUCUCCAGCCACUCCAGACUGUACACUUGAGUCCUCGCAGCUCAGUGACGAUGACAGCCUGGACUUGCAAAUUGCUACUUCUCCAGUUCACAUCUCAAAGCCAGCGGGAACUAGCAAGUCUGGAUUCUCUCUGGACUUCUUGUUAGCAGAGAAAAUAGAAAAGGAAGAAGAAAAUCGAGAACUGGACAUCAUGCAUGCAGAAUUAAAGGAAGGUAUAAAGAAAGGUGGUUUUGCAAAGCUGACGUUUGAUUCUGAAGAUGGUAAUGAAGGUGACCUUUUACCAGAGUACCAACAAAAGCUGCACCACUUCAAAGUUUCCAAGAGUGUAAUUGAGGAUGUCCAUCCUGGCGAUCAAGUAUUCUCUGCCGAUCACUUCCAGCAGCUCUUCACGGAGAGAAUACUACCGCCAAGCUGUGGCUUUGUUUCAUCAAAUACUACCAUCGACAAACACCUCUUUACCAUUGAGCCAGCCCUGGUUUGUGAUCUGGUGAACACCAACACGCUGUCUCUGUGUUUCCAUGCCAUAGCAUCCAAGGAUGCCAUGCUUCGCUGGCUCUUCUUUCUCCUGUCCAUCCACAGCAGCAGCGUGUUGCUGCAUGGGUGUAAGAAGGUGUUGUUCGACAUCCUCCACACUCAGCACUGCAGUGACAAGACCACCACAUGGACACCAGACAUUCUCGACAUUCUACGAGUCUUCGUCAAUUAUGGUGCAAAAGCCGAGGAUCUGAUGUUGGGUCAGACUGCGUUUACAGAGGAACAAAUCAGAAAAGCAUUUGAAGCUCCCAGUGAUGGAAAUGUUCAGCAGAAUAUACCAAACGUCAAUGCAUAUCAGCGUUUGAAUCAAGAGAACAUAUCCAUGGUUAUACAGACAAUAUCUUACGCCUUGCAAGGAAGACCGAAGUACAAGACCGAGGAACUCAACUGUCUGCUGGUGAUGGUUCUGAAGGUUGCUCUGGAUACUGCACUAAAUAAUUCUGCACUGGAUUACGACCUGCAAGUAUGUGUUGCUUCCAUCCUUGAGAAUUAUGGCAAAGAAGAAUGGCCAGAAAUGAUCCCAGACUUGUGCCUUGUGCUGAGCGGAAUCACAAAACACCAUCACAACAAGGUACAUAUGGCACAGCUACUUCCCAAUGGCAAGAGAGGGCGCUAUGUACAGAGACGCUUGAGUUACGUAUUCCUCCGACAGUUGCUGUUUCCUUCAAAUUGUUUGACACAUCAUUCAGAGUUGGUAAACUUACAGGUGAGGACACUGUCUGGUCUUUUUCAUCACAUCUGUGAUCUGGCGUCCGAGGACUUGUAUGCUCUAGCCAGUGCCAUCACGCUGCUCGAUAUGUCUGUGGGAAACGAGUGCCUCAAGUCAAGUGAAAAGGUCGACCUUGAUUAUCUCACAGGUCAGUUGAAGUUUCUAAUGAGUGAUGUCCGAGACAAUGUCCGAAUGUUGGAUAAAACACGGGUAAAAGAUAUGAUGGUGCGAGUGUCAAGCAAAUGGACUCUGAUGAUGCAUGCUAUGGGUAGCAAGCAGAAAAGCCUGUUUGCCUGGGCUAAGGAGCGGAAUCCUCAAACAAUGACGGUGGAGAGGCUGGAGACCGGGUUGUCUGACCAGGAAACAGAGGUGUCUGAUCAGACAGAUGAUGAUGACGACGAUGAUGUAGAUGUAGAAUCACCACAGCAGACAGAGACUAUACACAGCGAUGUGCAUGGUGCUACGUGUGUUGAUGAGACGAGCGGCCGGAACUUGGCGGAGACCGAACCCGACACUGUGGUGGAGACCGAGUCUGAGGCGGUGCUGGAGACCGAACCCGACACUGUGGUGAAUGUGUUCUUGCAGAAUGAAUCGGACACUGACGAGGACGACAUCAUCAUGUUGAGUGACGAUUCAAACGAAGAAGACGACGACUUGCCGGAUCCAAACAUGUGAAGGAAAUGAAUGUUGCCAUUUUGUGUUUUUAAAAAAACACUUGUAACGUGUGUGAAUUGUUGGGUAUGAAUAGAUGAUUUUCAGGUAUGAAUGAAUGGUAGUGUGUGUUGUGUGUUUUGUGUGUGUGCGUGUGUUUGAGAAAGAGUGAAUGAAUGGUAGUGUGUGUUGUGUGUUUUGUGUGUGUGCGUGUGUUUGAGAAAGAGUGAAUGAAUGGUAGUGUGUGUUGUGUGUGUUUGAGAAAGAGUGAAUGAAUGGUAGUGUGUGUUGUGUGUUUUGUGUGUGUGCGUGUGUUUGAGAAAGAGUGAAUGAAUGGUAGUGUGUGUUGUGUGUUUUGUGCGUGUGUUUGAGAAAGAGGGAAUGAAUGGUAAUGUGUAUGGAUUGUUGUGAAUGAUAUGUAAAUAAAUAGUGUGUGGCAUGUACGGAUUAUGUUUAUCAGUCUUCGUAACUUAGGGCGAUGCCAUGAUACGAGUGCCAUGUACGAGAACAGCUGAUUAACAAGACAAACAUGAUUUCAUCGGUUGCAAUGCAAUUGGUUAUUCUCAUAACUUCUACGAGGCACUCAUAUCGGGUUGCCUUUACAUUGUGUUGGCCACUUUGUAAUGUGAUAUUUGAAGUUACACGUCUCAAAGUAUAUUCCACUAAAUUAUAUUUAAGUAGAUGAGAGAGAUGUAUAAUUCAACAUAUAGUGUGUUCACGAGAGCUGGCUCUUUUGAUUGAUUCAGUAUACAUCAUACAUUGUAUUGAUCACAAGCGUCCUUGAGCAUUUGUCCCUAUAGACAUAACUUUCACAUUAAAACAUGAGUUGUUGCAUUGAAUUCAUCUAAUGUUUAUACAGUAAAAUAUAGUGCAACAAGAUUGAGUAGGAUGUCUGUUCUGAUGCCAGUUAUUUAAUGUUAUAUAUAUAUUAUGAUCCACAUAGUUCAAGAUUUACAGGGAAAUAUAACUAGUAUGACACACGUGUGAUGACAAUUUCACAUGACCAAUGAAUGAUGUAAUUUUCGGAAGCAAUGUCACAACAUAAUGUAGCUUUCCCAGUCUUAGCUCUGUGUAAUCGCUUACCAAAAUUAUACUGUUUCGUUGUAUCCUUCUGGUUACAUUUAAAAUGUUUUACACUGUCCUUGUUAGCCUAUUCAUAAAAAUAAUAAUAUGGAUAAUAAAGAAAUUAUUACACUCGCGUGUUAAUCAUACUGAUUUGACGAAACUCGUGUCAGGAUUCGUGUACUUCCCUCACUCUCACUUGGACAAUACAAGAAUCCUGACACUCGUUUCAUAAAAUCAGUAUGACAUACAUGCUAGUAUAAUAAUCUCUGUUUGUCCAACCUGUAUCACCACCUAAAGAAGUUUUACAAUGCGGUCUCUGACACAGCCCCAUUUUACAAAGCUACCUUAGUUUUAAAGUCACCUUAACUACUUAAGUUAGUGACUGUUUUGUUUUCCUAGGAUCGACAGGCCAUUUUACGAGAGAAAAAAUCUUAGCUUACAAUUUCCAUGAGUUAUCAUCAUUAUUCAUAUGUCAGUAAUGUUGCGAUUGUUAACAAACAUGAAAGAACUAAUAGAAAUAUUUCAGAAUUGUAUAACUUUCAUGAAAUUUUAACUUAUUAAAAAGGAAGUUUAAAUGAAUUCUGAAGAAAAGAAAGUGUUGGGUAAUAUUGGUGUUGAAUGAAUCAAAAAAAAAUUGGUGGUGUUUAUACUCCUGAUUAGUGCUUAGGUAAAGUUCUUGUUCUCCAAAAUUACUUGUCUGGUUUGACUUGAAGUUGUCUGCUAAACAAAGUGUUCAGUUUCGAUUCCCUCAACCAUUUUAUAUAGUUUUCUAUUGAACAAACAACUAUAGUCUUUCUUUUUGUUUUCUCCUUCCAGUCUAAGUACUGGACAUGUUGAUUUAUGAGAUAUAUUGAAGUUAAAAUUUGUAUAUUCAUUUUCAGAAAUUGUUUUCUUACACACCCAUUGGUGAGAACAUCAUGCAUUGUUUAUAUCACAUAUCACAUAUCAAUAACAACUAUUAACGUGUGUUAUCGAUAUAAAAACAUAUAAUUGGCUGCUCCACAUUGAAAUGAGCACAAUCAAAAUUGAUUGCUCUGUGACAUAUAAGUUAGCUCGACUCUUAAUUGAUGUGUCAGACAUAAGAUAACUGAAAGUGCAAGCACUGUAAAUAUGUUUCAGUUGGACAUUUAAAUUUAUUUUAAACCUUGUUUUUGAGGAUAUUCAAGUACCUGUGAACAAGUUAACAGUAAUGAAGGAAAAAUUUAAUUGUUAUAGAGAAAUGAUUUUUGUUGAGACACAAGACCAUUCUCAAAAUUAUGUUACGGUCAUAAUUUUUGUCAAAUUUGAAUCAUUUUAAAUUGUGCAGUUGGGUUUAUGACAAUUUUAUUUGGUGCACAAGAACUCUUUCCUGAUUAUAUAAACCAAAACAGCCUUCCUCACACCCACCCCAACGUAACAUAUCAUUCCUUUGGGCUUUCCCCUGCCUUUAAAAGCUAGAAUGUGUUAAUUGUAGUCACUUUAUGCUGGUAUUUUAUUUAACAUAGAACAACGGUCUUUUAAUAGCUUAUGUUUGCAUUUAUUAAUAACAGUGUUGUAUGUUAUGAUCAGAGAUGGAACGUUUUCUGGAUUUAUUGUUUUCAUAUUCUCCACCCAAAACUUAAGAUAUGGUUUCACAGGCCCUCGGAUUUCUUAGAAAUGGUCAUUUAAUGUCAGUAAAAUCACGAAACAAAUUUUUUUGUUUCCCAUUAUUAUUAUAUUAAGUACGACUAUUCAAGAAAAAUAAUUUGUAUAUAAUUACUUUUUUAAAACAGUUUCCGACGGGUUCCCAUAAUGACAAGACACAGAAGUGAAAAAAGUGUUACCCAUGAAAUUUGAAAUCCUAUGGCCUGUUUAAGCUGCUUCGCAUACAUUGUGCAGCCCUAACCCUAGGGCCAACCUGACCACGAAUAUUUAAAAUAUCUUUGUUAUUUUGCACAACCCAUUUUCAUCUCUACACAGUAGUGAAAUAUUGAUUAAGCAACCACUUUAGACAGUAUAAAAACCCAAAAGGUACUUAUGUAACAUGUUAGUUUAUGAUUUGGGGGAAUAAGGUGACUACUUAUUAAUAGGUGUUUUGUUUUAAGAGCAGGUGCAACUCUUUAUCAGCCUAUAAUGUCACAUGUCCAGGUAGACAAAGUAACCUGUAACAGGGCCCACAUUUAAUUGCAGCCAUGCAGCAAAUUACUGCAAUACCUUGAAAGUCUCGAGGCCAAACUGGUUGUGCCUUAUUUUGCAUGUUAGUAAUUGGUAAAUCAUGCUUAUACUAGACUCCAAAACGUUAUUUUAUUACAAAAAAAAACAUAAAACUGUACACAAUUAUUUAUUUUAAAUGGUUGUUAUUGUGUUAUAUUAAGAUAUUAGUUGAAGUUUGACAGGUUUCCCUGUCUUCUGGCACACACACACCCAUGACCGUGCCCUCUUACAUUGCCAAAUUAGAGGCCUACUACAAUUGGAUUUUUUAAAUUUAUUGGAAUUAACUGAUAAAAAUUUAGUUAACUUUUCCUACUUGUUCUGUACUUUUUAUUGCACUUCAGUUAAAAAAAAAAAAAAAUUGUGUUGAAAAAUAUUUUUUGACCCAUUUAAAUGUGUUUGUAGACAAUGAAAACACAAUCUUGCUGACAUUUGUUCUUCUUUAAAUUGUGCCUUAUGAACCCAAUGUGCUACAAAAAAGUUUCCUGUGAAUAAAAAAAUAAAUGUU